CCUCCAAAUCUCCAUAUUGGGAGUGGACGCCAAAUACUGGUAGAUGCUGUGAGUUGUUGGUACUAAUAAAAUAUUCGUUUCUAAUGUUCUGCAAAUAUUUUUAUAUUGAGUGUGAAAUAGGUUAUCAAAACGUUUAGUUUGUCUACAAAAGCAACUAUAUAUUAACACAAAAUAGUAUUGCCUAGUCCAGAGAGAGUGUUAAAAUAAUCCAAGUUAUCUAACAUAUUUGUUUACUUUAUGAAGAUUGUGGAAUAAGAGUUUUAACUAAUUCGUUCUUCUAUAAAGCCACGAAAUAUGUCAGAUGAUGAAGUGGAAGCUUUUGAUAUUACAGAUGAAGAUCUUAAUAGAGCUUUUAAUCCGGGAGCAAGAAUCUUUAGGGGACAUUCAAAAAAUCAACAGAUUUAUGGAAUGUGGGCUGAUGACAGUGGAGAUGAGGGGCCCAGUCAGCGAUCAGGGUUUGGUAGCAGCAAAGGACGGAAACCCAAAAAUUACACAGCUCCUGUCAGUUUUGUCGCAGGAGGUGUACAGCAGGCAGGCAAAAAUAAACCAAAGGAUAAAACUGAAAAAGGAAAAGAAAAAGAUGAUGACAAUGAAGAUGAUGUUAAUACAAUCCCAACUAGUGAUUCCAGUGAGGAAGAUGAGCCAAGAGCAUCUUUUGGCAAUCUGUCCAUGAGCCAGAUUGAUGGAGAUAUAGCGGGGCUGCGGAAAAAGAGACCUCAGUUCAACUCUUCUCUCGCCAAUAAAGGUGUAGGAAAAUGGGAGCAGCAUACAAAAGGAAUCGGUGCUAAACUGCUGUUACAGAUGGGUUACCAGCCAGGCAAGGGGUUGGGAAAAGACCUUCAAGGAAUUCAGGCUCCCAUUGAAGCUAGUUUGAGAAAAGGCAGGGGUGCUAUCGGAGCCUAUGGCCCAGAAAAAGGCCAAAAAAUUGCAGAGUUGGAUACAGACAAUAAGAAAAAAGGAAAAGAGCCAGAAAAGAGUGAUAAAGUUUCACAGUGGAGGAAAGAGGACGGAUCCAGUAAAAGCCAAAAAGUCCGUUACGUUUACAAAAGUAUAGAGGAUGUUAUAGAGGAGAGUAAGCAGCCUGGGAAGAAAAAGAAACGAGAGUUCAAUGAAUUGAGCAAGGUGAAGGUAAUAGACAUGACAGGACCAGAACAGAGAGUGUUAUCGGGCUAUCACGCAAUAUCAAGCGUCCAGAAACCGUCUGACCAGUGGGAGAUACGCAAAGACAAGAAAUUCACUAAUUUUGAACUGCCGGAACUUCAGCAUAAUCUUAAUCUUCUUGUGGAAAUGUGUGAAGAAGCCAUUAUAACAAAUGACCGCAACCUACAAUAUGCAGAGAACCGCUGUGUGGCACUAGAAGCAGAGGUGGAUAACCUGACUAAAGUGGAGGUCAAGGAAGCAGAGACUAUUGCCAUUUUGGACAAGGUGAUGGCUGUGGUUCAGAGACUGGUAUCUGGAUCAGAGGACAACACUCUCACACUACAGGAGGCUUCCCAGGCCUUUCGGGAGCUUCAGGAGAAGUAUUAUCUGGAGUACUGCAUGUACGAGAUAUGGUCACUGGCAGAUACAGUGGUAAGACCACUGUUCAAGGAUAGUCUGUCUGCAUGGUCACCCCUGCAGGAUCCUGGACAACCAGUAGCAGUAUUCCGGCAGUGGAAGGCUAUCCUCGAGCAGGACCAAGCUCACACCCUCACCACCAAUCAGGAUCCUUACCACAAGCUGCUGUGGGAUACGUGGAUGCCUUGUGUACGAAUUGCAGUCAGCGCUUGGCAAUGCAGGAAGUUUGAACCAAUGAUAGACUUCCUGGAGACAUGGAUACCUCUGAUCCCAGGUUGGAUUCUAGACAAUAUCCUGCAACAGCUGAUUCUGCCCAGGCUCCAUCAUGAGGUGGAGGAGUGGAACCCCCUCACAGACACCAUCCCCAUACAUACCUGGACACACCCCUGGCUACCUUUGCUCGGUAAGUACCUGAGUACAACAAUAUUCCCAGUUAUCAGGCACAAGCUGAGUGCAGCACUGGUGUCAUGGCAUCCGUCAGACUGCUCAGCUCGGCUUAUGCUCAGGCCCUGGGUCGGUGUGUUCAGCAAGGGUGAGCUGGACGCUUUCCUCAUCAACAACAUAGUGCCCAAGCUGCACCUCACACUGCAGGAGUUUGUGGUGAAUCCACAUCAGCAACACCUUGAUAAUUGGAACUGGGUGAUGGAAUGGGCAGAGCUGCUGCCAUCACAUGCAAUGGCCUCUCUCCUUGACAAGAGCUUCUUCCCCAAGUGGCUUCAGGUGCUGACUCUCUGGCUCAAUCUCAAUCCCAACUACGACCAGGUCACCAACUGGUACUCAGGGUGGAAGGGAAUGGUUCCAGAUUCUCUCAUGGCUGAGCCACUCGUCAAAGAACACUUCAGGGCUGCCUUGGAGAUGAUGAAUAGAUCUGUGGGUGGUACACCAGUACCUCAGCCUCCCCAGCCAGACACUUCUCAGGCUCAGGCCAGAUAUCAGGGUAUUGCUGAGAGUGUGAGGACGGCCCAACAGAUUCCUCAAGGGUUUAAGGAGCUGGUGCAGAAGAGAUGCGAGGAACGUGGAAUUGUGUGGCUACCAAUCCCCAAUCGCUACAGAGAGGCCAAGCAGAUCUACCGCUGCGGCACUCUACAGGUCUAUAUUGACCGCAAUGUACUGUUUGUCUGCAAUUCUGGCCAGUGGGAACCCACCUCCCUCACCGCUCUUUUGGAUAUGGCCGUAUAAAUAUUGUAUACCAAGUCUAUUUAUUAUGCUGAUCUUCUUUAUUUAUUUAACUCCACUGUAUAUUUGUGUAAAUAUUUGUAAAUAAAAGUAUUUUUUACAGAUAAA